CGUAGUGUCAACACAUAUAUUAAGGUAUUGAACCCCUAUUGUGACAACGUUUUGCUCUAUUAUAUUAGCCCUUCGCGACUAAACCCCUUUCAACUUGCCUUAGCUAUUGCUCGUGCCGAAGCAGACACUCUCAGCUGGCAUCUGUGUCGUUGAAAAUAUAUAGCCUUCUCCUCCUAUAGGGUACCUGAGUCAUUUCGCGGACGUCCCCUACGAUGAACAGCCUGACGACUCGUCAAGCAGCCGUUCAGGGGCAAAGGUGCUGCUCAGCACCAGCGAGUCGGACAACGCCCAUAUCGCUGCCUCAUCCAGGGGCCGCUUGUAGACACAAGUCGAGCAGGAGGACUCCUGCGCAAGAUUUGUCAUGCCAGGCUGCGGCUGGCCUAUCGACCUACCCGCUCAUGGAGCGGAUUGCAGUCGGCAACGGGGCAAGGACCCACACGGGCACCUCGACCACCAGCAGCGGCCACACCAGCAGGUGUUCUGGUGCUUCUGUUGGAAAUAGCCAAACAUGGCUUGCAAGCUGUGUGCGGCACAUCGUUGCCUCUUCGGCCGGGCAACUUGGGCGUGUUGGUCCCUCGCUCCAGCUGGUCUUCGGCAGGCCUAGUCACGAGGGCAACCGACACCACUUCCAAGCCAUCCCUGUUUCCCAAGAGGUGGCCGACAAUCCACAGAGCUGGACCCAGUUCUCCAACCACGUCCGCAGCAGCAGCGCCGUCGGCCUAGUGCUGGUGCGCCCCAUCUCCCACCCCGACCAACACUGCAUAUACGCAUCCGCACCCUCCACCUCCCCCAAGAGCCGCCCGUCUUCCUCCUCCUCGUCCGCCUCCUCCUCAGCCUCCUCCUCCUCCUGUUGCUCCCACUCCUCCUCCUCUGCUUGCUCUGUACCGCCUGCAACAGCACCCUGUGCCGAACCCAUAUCGCCAGCGUCGGCCGCCGCCGCCGGCGCCUUCGAGGGCCAAGUGGGCGAUUGCUGCGACAACACCCCCUCCUCCGCCUCCUCCGCCUCUUCCGCUGAGGCUCCUGCUUGCAGUGUCGCCGCCCAAACUGGGUCAACGACCUGUUACUUUGGGUUGGUGGUUCAGGGCAGCUGUCGCAGCGACGCGGACGGCUGCUGGGUGCUCAAGACCACGAGUGCGGGGGACGGUGUUGAGGCGGCGGCGGCGGGGCUGUGCACGUGCACGCACUUUAGCUUGACGCGCGUGUGCAAGGGCCAGCCAUUGUACGAGCAACUGAGGGACGCCUGGCUUGUUUAGGCAUGUGGGUCGGAGCUCGCAUAGGCCUUUCAGGCGGCGGCCUGGCAGCGGCGGCAGCCGGCGGCGUUUGGGAACGGUUGGGUGGUUGGGUUGUGGUCUUGUGGAUAUCGAUCCAGGUCGUAUGGUGGCGGUGAAACGGGUCCUCUCGAUUCUUGCAUUUGAUUUAGUACUUCCAUAAAGCACGGACGCGGUAAUCGUAAAUGUAGGAGUCCUUUGCGACGGCACCGAAACCGUUUGUGAAGCCUGGCAAGGAGUUCCAACAUGUACGCUUGUCUAGGUAACCUUGAUUAUCCUGCUCCCUCUAAUCACGGGGGUGGGCGGUGAUGCAUUUGCAUUGAUUCCCCUCUCUCGUGAGUCCUGAACGGACAUGGUAGUGGAAUUCGUUGCAAGGCGACAGUAACACGAUACGUGUAGUACAAAGAAGUUAGGUACGGUCUCGCCGUUUCUUUUGUGUCCCAUGGGUCAGGAUGGGCAAGGUUCCUUGCCUAGUUAUGAAUUGAACUGCUGGCAACUCGGAAAAAAUCUUCCCAUGAUUUGGUCGUGUGCGCGAGUGCAGCUGUGUCCCGGUGAAGGAGAGCGUGUUUGGGUUGUGUGAAGUGGCCAGUGUCAUUUCCCACGGCUGUGAAUGGGCCCUAUCCGUACAAGACGUGUGGGGGAUGCAAGCUGGCAUCCUGUUUAGUGCCGUUUGUUUAAUAGCAUUGCAACCCUCUUUUUCUGUUUGGCUUUUUAUUGACGGCGACUAUAAACGAUUAACGCUACGAACGAUGAGCUGUACGUACGGACGUGGGGUAGGAGAUAUGGAAUGUUUGUCAAAUGAUGCGAGGUGCUGAAGACAGUGCCGCCUCAUAGGCGCAGUGUUCGCGCGUGAUGUACCAUUGCCUGUUUUAUUUGUCGUGUGUGACUGUUGGUUUGGGAUUGGUUGUACAUUUGUACGUCGUGCACCUUGGGUCCCUUCCAUUUGAAGAGGAUCGCAGGUUUGCAGCUGUGCUGCUGCUGGCCCUGGCUUACCGAUUCUGGUAAUGUGCGGGCCUGUACUGGAUGCGGUUGUAAACAAUAUCGAGCG